GCCUCCCCGACCUCCCCCUCGGGCACUCUCGCGCUCACUGCGCUCCUCCGGGGCCCCUCCGCCAGCUCACAGCCAUGGUGGUCUGGCGCUCGGCCUUCCUCAUCUGCCUCGCUUUCUCCUUGGCCGCUCUGGUCCAGAGAGGGUCUGGGGACUCUGAUUUACGUCUGGAGGAUGCAUUGAAAGAAACUUCCUCAGUAAAGCCGAGAUGGAACCAUGGCACCACCACAACUAAGAGGCCAGGAACAACCAGAGCUCCAGCAAAGCCUGCAGAUGAUGAUUUUAACUUGGCUGAUGCCCUGGAUGACCGAAAUGAUCGAGAUGACGGCCGCAGGAAACCGAGCGGAGGAGGAGGAGGAGGUUUUUCAGACAAGGAUCUUGAAGACAUUUUAGGUGGUGGUGAAUACAAACCUGACAAAGGGAAGGGUGACGGUCGGUAUGGCAGUGACGACUCUGAAUCCGGAGUGUCGGCCGAGGCCAGCACCAUCGCGGGUGUGGCCAGCGCCCUGGCCAUGGCCCUGAUCGGCGCGGUCUCCAGCUACAUCUCCUACCAGCAGAAGAAGUUCUGCUUCAGCAUCCAGCAGGGGCUGAACGCAGACUACGUGAAGAGAGAGAACCUGGAAGCCGUUGUGUGUGAGGAACCCCAAGUGAAAUACUUGACGCUACAGACGCAGGCCGCCGAGCCGCCGCCCCCCGAAGCGCCCCGGAUCUGAGGGCCACGGCGCGUGCCUGGCGCCUCGUUUGGUUUGGACCCGCUUCUCUGACGUCAUCGGCUUCUCACUCUAACUUCCGGAUGAGCUCGGGGUGUAUGUGAGUUUGGUUUCUGUGCCCGCCGUGCCAGAGGCUCUGAAGAGACUUGCUGUGGAGUCCGAGGCCCAGCUCUGGCAGAGAGCCGGCCGUGGGAGCGGGGAGCCCGAGCCGACGGGGCGCGAGGACUGCGAUGCUCCGGGGGUAGGAGUUUGAGCCCAGGCGGGUGCGAGGAGCGAACGAGAGAGCAUCAGGUAACCACACGCGCUCACGCCCUCUCGCACCCGCGCGCGCACGCACACGCACGCACGCCACCCAGCCUCGACACUGCCGCGCUUCCAGAGAGCUGGUCCGAUGGUGGCUUUUCGUUUAUUUCAGUGCAGACAUGCAUGCCUUGAUAGUCCUGCGCUGAGAAUUUAGGAACCUUCUGGCCAAGUAGGAAGCUGUGACUCUGGGGCCCGAUUGCCCUCUGAUUCCACAGGGGACUAGGUGCGGUGUCCUGGCUGACAUGCUUAGUUUUUAGGAAUCAUUUAUGCAUUGAAAUGAGUGUUCCCCUUCUGCCCUGUACGUGUUCUUAUUUUGGUAGCAGAAACUACAGACGUCAAGAACAAGCGGCGGAGCCGGAAGCAUGCAUGUUUUGUUUUGUUUUGUUUGCUUAAAGUUGUAUUUGAGGUGGGAGGGGGAUGGGGAAAGGAACGUUUGCUGGGUUUGGUGAAACAUGCCUGCCUGCGUGGGUCUGGAAGGAUGAUUCUGCCUGUCCUGAUGAAAAGCCCUUGCGGUGCCACGGUCACUGCGGUAAACACCAGACCCCGGGGACCGGCCCCUCCCCUGGCCCGGAGCUGUCUGGCUUGGGCUAGCCUCCUGGAACGUUCCGUUUGGCCCACGUGUGGUCCUGUCCCUGGGAGCUCUGCUGUCUGAGGCUGAGCCAAAGUCUAGAGCCACCGUCUCCUGAUCACCAGUUUGCAGUGCCCAAAAGCACUUGCAGAAGCGGAAGU